GAAACACCCAACGUUCUUCCCCGGCAGCCCCGACUCUCCGUGACGAGCUCCACACCCGCUCCUCUCGGCGCGGACCCACCCACCGCUGCGGUGCGGGCCGUCCUCCGGAUCCCGUCCAAGGAGGCGCACGCGCCGCGGGGCCGUAGGGCAAAUGAGCGCCCUGACUGCGUGCCAAGUGGGCUCUCGCUGCUGGCGGAGCUGGCUCUCCCGGCUCGGCCCCGCUUCGCGGCACCCCAGUCUCUUGCGAGUACCAGUGGCGUCCCCGGCCCGCCUCUCUUCCAUGGCCGCCACCAUCCGCUUCUCACCAGCCACCCGCAGCCUCUUCGAUGAGCCGCUGGGCAUCUCCGUGCAGGGCCUCAGCCCGCGGCAGCAGGUCACCCUGCGGGCAUCCUUGCAGGACGAGGCGGGUGAGCUCUUCGAGGCCCACGCCCGGUACCAGGCGUCGGAGGACGGGGAGCUGGACCUGGCCCGCUGCCCCGCGCUGCCGGGAGGCAGCUUCAGCGGCUUGGAGCCCAUGGGGCUGCUGUGGGCGCUGCAGCCCCGCAAGGCCUUCUGGCGGCUGGUGAAGAAGGACGUGCAGACCCCUUUCCUCCUGCGGCUGGAGGUGCUGGAGGGCCACGGGGAUGACCCUGGGCGGCUCCUGGCCCAGGCCCAGCACGAGCGGGCGUUCCUGCGCGACGGGGUGCGCAGGGUGCCGGUGCGAGACGGGAGGAUCCGAGCAACGCUCUUCCUGCCCCCCGGAAAUGGUCCCUUUCCAGGAGUUAUUGACUUGUAUGGCACUGGAGGAGGACUCCCCGAAUACAGGGCAUGCCUGCUGGCCAACUAUGGCUUUGCUGUGCUGGCACUGGCUUUCUAUGGUUAUGAAGAUCUCCCCAAAGAGAUGAAGGAGAUCAACCUGGAAUAUUUUGAAGAAGCUGUUAACUAUAUGUUACAACAUGACCAGGUUAAAGGUCCCGGGAUUGGGUUGCUUGGUUUCUCCAAGGGGGGUGAUUUAUGCAUUUCAAUGGCCUCCUUCCUGAAGGGCAUCAAGGCUACUGCUGUGAUCAACGGCUCGGUGGCGAAUGUGGGCGCAGUGGUCCGCUACAAGGAUGUCACCAUCCCGCCCCUCGGUGCCAAUGCAAAACGUAUCAAGGUCAACAAGUCUGGGAUUGGUGAUAUCAUUGAUGCACUUAACAAUCCGUUAGAAGGGCCUGACCGCCAAAGCUUUAUCCCUUUGGAGAAAGCCGAGUGUCGCUUCUUGUUCAUUGUUGGCCAGGAUGAUCACAACUGGAAAAGCGAAUUCUUUGCAACUGAAGGGAGCAAACGUUUGCAAGCUCAUGGGAAGGAAAAGCCUGAAAUAAUCUGUUAUCCUGGGGCAGGGCAUUAUAUUGAACCCCCUUUUUUCCCAAUGUGUGCUGCCUCAAUGCACCUGCUGGUUGGCAUGCCUGUGAUGUGGGGUGGGGAGCCCAAGGCGCACUGUGAGGCACAGAUAGACGCCUGGCAGCAGAUCCAGGCCUUCUUCCACAGACACCUCAAGGGUGAGCCUUCCAGGACAGCCAAUAAGCUGUGACAUGAUUUGGGUUAUUGUACAGAGGAAGAUGCUAGUGUUUCACAUUUUUUCACAUUCUGUGUUUCACAGUUGUUUUGUUAAAUGGCUCUGAAAGAGCAAAGAAUAUCAGAGAAUAAACAGUUGUGGUUUCUUUUCUGAGCAGAUGGUGGCUGAGAGCUGCAUCCUUUCCACACCUUCCUUUAAUACCCAGUGAUAUCUUGGCCUCCCAUUGUGUAUAGUACGGGAAGGAUGUGGAAACGUGAUGAUGGCAAGGGUGGGUCUGUUGCAAGUUUAAGUGGAAAGAAAUCAGCUGAGAAGUGGGAUGAAAAUGUAUUUACCUUGUAAGUCUUCGUUAGAGGAAGUGUGUUGGAUGUUGCUGUCCUUACCAGAGACAGUGCACUUCUUUUUGUCUGAAAGCAGUUGUUCUCUCUAUCUACAUCCAGUAAUGUUACAUCACGAAGUUGUAUGUCUGCCUUAACUCUGUCCAUUUUGAGAUCUAGCAUCUAGCUUGUCUCCCAGGGGGAGAGGACAACAGCCCACAGCCUGAAAGUGCAUUCUGGGCAUACAUAGUAGAACUGCAAGGUUGGCUUCCCCUCUGGCUUUCUAGGAGGAGUGGGAAGCAGUGGGGUUCUGUUCUGGAUAUGCUGAGCUCAGGAGUUUUUGGCUCCUGAGCACGCACUUGAAAGAGGAAGUACUGAACGUUGUUAGGAAAGUGCCGGCGACUCUUCGCGGUUACCUGAAAAACCCUUCAGUGCCUUACAGCGGCAGGCUGAGCGCACGCAGCCAGGUGGCUAUAUCCAGCGUUCGACUUGCGGGUCAAUUCCACGGGUUAUUAAUGUGCCUUGCACUCUCCGCGCUUUUCUAAUUCAUUAAAGUGAAACGUUAACUCGA